AUGGCUUCCCACGUCACCGAAGUCAACCAAGCCGCCGACAAGCCGCCGUACCAAAGCCCGGCCGGCACGCCGCCCCGUCGUAACUCGGACCCGGCGCUGGAGAUCUCCAACCAACACCAACACCCGCACGUUCACCACUCCUCUCGUAUCGAUGCGAAAGGGCACGAGGACAACGUCGUCUACACUCAGACUGGCCAGUCCACGGUCCCCCACCAGAGCCAUCUCCACCAACACCAUGAGCCGCUCGACAUCGAGAAGGGGGGUAGCCCGGAUAAGCUGAGCGGCCCUCCCGAUUACGAUGGUGAGAAACCCGGUAUUGUAUCUCCUCCCUCUGAGGAGGAACGCCGGAAGCGCUUCAACAUGGGCGCCUUUUACAAGAAGUACAAGUGGGCUUUCCACAUUUUCUUCGGCGCGUUCUUCACCGGCUGGUGGAUCGCGUCGCUGGUCUUGCAUCGCCACGACAAGAACUGGGUCGUGCCGUUCCUCGUCUGGCUCGGUAUCAUGCUCCGCCUGGUGUUCUUUUACGUGCCCAGCUCCUACGUCUCCCGCCCGAUCAAGUUCGUCUGGCAGCACUCGGCCGUCUUCAUCUACAAUGCCAUCCCCGCCAAGUUCCGCACCUUUGCCGGUGCUGCACUGACCAUUGCCGUCAUGCUCGUCGGUUCGUUCGUCUCGGAGGAGGAGGCCGACAACACCCGCGAGAACCGCGCCGUGUCCAUCUUUGGCCUGAUUGUCAUUCUCUUCUGCUUCUGGGUCACCUCCAGAGACCGCAGGCGCGUCAACUGGCGCCCUGUCAUUGGUGGCAUGCUGUCGCAGUACAUCAUCGCGCUCUUUGUGCUCCGCACUAGCGUUGGUUAUGACAUCUUCAAGUUCAUCGCUGAUCGCGCUGGAGACUUGCUUGGCUUCGCCGAAAAGGGAACUGCUUUCCUGACUUCCCAAGACAUUGUUGACCUCCAUUACUUCAUUUCUGGCGUCAUUCCUCCCAUCAUCUUCUUCGUCGCUAUUGUUCAGGUCCUGUACUUCAUUGGUUUCCUGCAAUGGUUUAUCGGCAAGUUCGCGACUUUCGUCUUCUGGGCUCUUCGUGUGUCCGGUGCCGAGGCCGUCGUCGCUGCCGCCACCCCCUUCAUCGGCCAGGGUGAAUCCGCCAUGUUGGUUCGUCCUUUCGUUCCUCACAUGACCAAGGCCGAGAUCCACCAGAUCAUGACCUGCGGUUUCGCGACCAUCUCUGGUUCCGUUCUCGUCGGCUACAUCCGCCUGGGUCUCAACGCCCAGGCCAUGGUGUCGUCGUGUGUCAUGUCCAUUCCCGCCUCCAUCGCCAUCUCCAAGCUUCGCUACCCUGAGCGGGAGGAGACCUUGACCGCCGGAAAGGUCGUCAUCCCCGAAGAUGAUGAGCAAGAGGCCAAGAACGCCAUCCAUGCCUUCGCCAACGGUGCUUAUCUUGGUAUCAAGAUUGCCGGUACCAUUGUGGCCUCGAUUCUUUGCAUCUUGGCCUUCAUUGGUCUUGUCGAUGGCCUGCUGUCGUGGUGGGGAAGGUACCUCAACAUCAACGACCCGUUGACCCUGAACCUCAUCAUUGGCUACAUGUUCUACCCGAUCGCUUUCUUGUUGGGUGUUCCCCGCAAUGGUGACCUGCUCAAGGUUGCUCGUCUGAUUGCCCUCAAGGUUGUCGCUAACGAGUACGUUGCUUUCACCGAGAUGUCGAAGGCUCCCUACACCGACCUUUCCCCGCGCUCCCAGCUCAUUGCUACAUACGCCCUUUGCGGCUUCGGCAACAUUGGUUCUCUCGGUAUCCAGAUCGGUAUCUUGAGUCAGCUUGCCCCCAGCCGUGGUGGUGACGUUAGUGCCUUGGCCGUCUCUGCCCUCAUCUCGGGUGUUAUGUCGACCCUGACUUCCGCCGCCGUUGCCGGCCUCGUCGUUACCCACCAGUCGACGGUGUUUGGAGGUGCGAGCUAA